AAUAAAGCAAACACAGAUAGAAGCGCUUUCCGUAAAUAAAGCCAAAGCUCCAAAGCUCCAAAGCAAAGCUAAGCUGUGCUCCUCUACUCUACUGUGUUUUAGUGUCAACAAAAUUCCCAAAUCGAAGAAGAAAAGCAGAUCAACAAAGCUGCAUACUUGGCCAUUAAUGGCGCUCUCCAUACCUCUUCUAGUCUUACUCAUCUCCUUUCACCUCAUCGCCUUCGUUCUCGCCGUUGGUGCCGAGCGCCGCCGUAGCACAGCGAAAGUUGUGCCAGAUGAGUACGAUGAGAGGACGUACUGCGUGUACGGAACGGACGCGUCGACGGCGUACGGAUUGUCGGCGUUUGGGCUGCUUCUCAUUAGCCAAACUGUGUUAUACUGCGUUACCAAGUGCCUGUGUUGCGGGAGAGGGAUGAUGGGUGGAAAAUCUACCACUUGUGCUAUUUUCUUCUUCAUCUUCUCUUUGGUGAGCUUUUUGGGGGCAGAGGCUUGCUUAUUGGCAGGAUCAGCGAGGAAUGCAUACCACACAAAAUACCGGGGAUUUUUCCGUGUUGACCACUUGUCAUGUGCCACGCUUCGUAAAGGUGUGUUUGCUGCGGGAGCAGCACUCACGCUACUCUCAAUGAUUGCCUCCAUUUUCUACUACUGGUCCCAUUCCAAGGCGGACACAGGUGGGUGGCAAAAGCACGAGAACGAAGGACUUGGAAUGACCAUGUCCAGUUUCCCCGAAUCUGCUGAGAGAAAGGGUUGAUCUGAUCAGUCUAAAACGAAUUUGGGUCAUUUUGGAUUGGAUAGGUAGUGUGUUUUUCAGGACUGUGUGAAGAACUUAUCUAGAGAUUGUGGUUGCUACAUAUAUGAUAUACCUAUAUGGCUCCAGUAAUCUAUCUAUAUAUGUACAAAAGAAAUAUGUAUUAUUUAUAAUUCUGUAUUUGGUAAUGGGGUUCCUAUGCCAUUUCACUC